AUACAGCCCACGCUUGAUGGAAAAAAUUCUUCAUAUGGCCGAAGGUAUUGAUAUUGGGGAGAUGCCGUCAUAUGAUCUGAUGCUGCCCAAAGCUUCCAAAGGCCAAAAACGCUACCUUUCAACCUAUGAUGGCUAAUGCUGUUGUCAACUUUGAUUGCCGAAGCAUCUUUUUGCAGUGGGCAAUGGUUACUGCAGAGACGCACACCUGGUCAAAAUGCUGAAGAGUCUUAAUGUUGGAGGCUCCAUCCUACAUUGAACAUCUUAACCAUCAACUUCAGGAACAAGGAAAUAUCCUCAAGGAGAGGUUUUCUGGCUGCUGUGGCGGAGCUAUGCCGAAAGUCGUGUCCCGGUCGGUUGUUUGCUCCGACACCCGAGACCGCGAGGAAUAUGAUGACGGCGAGAAGCCCCUUCACGUCUACUACUGUUUAUGCGGCCAGAUGGUCCUGGUGCUGGAUUGUCAAUUAGAGAAAUUGCCCAUGAGACCCCGGGACCGGUCUCGCGUGAUCGAUGCUGCCAAACAUGCCCAUAAGUUUUGUAACACAGAAGAUGAGGAGACUACCUAUCUUCGGAGACCUGAGGGUAUUGAACGCCAAUACAGGAAGAAGUGUGCAAAGUGUGGACUGCCGCUCUUCUACCAGUCCCAGCCGAAGAAUGCUCCUGUGACCUUCAUUGUGGAUGGAGCAGUAGUGAAAUUUGGUCAAGGCUUUGGGAAAACCAAUAUAUAUACUCAGAAACAAGAGCCUCCUAAGAAGGUUAUGAUGACCAAACGGACUAAAGACAUGGGCAAGUUCAGCUCCGUUACUGUGUCUACCAUUGAUGAAGAGGAAGAAGAGAUAGAGGCCAGGGAAGUUGCUGACUCCUAUGCACAGAAUGCCAAAGUGAUUGAAAAACAGCUGGAGCGCAAAGGCAUGAGCAAGAGGCGGCUACAAGAGCUGGCUGAAUUGGAAGCCAAGAAAGCAAAAAUGAAGGGGACCCUGAUCGACAACCAGUUCAAAUAACCAGGAUCUUUCUGAGUAUAGACUGGAGGUCAGCACUUAAAUCAGGAAGAAGAGCUUCAAGAUGUAGUGGUCUGCUUUCUAAU